CGCCUUCUUCCUAAAGCUGCACACUUUGUCUUGCAGUUUGGAUUAAAAGGAUGACGGCUGCCAGCAGUCCUGUUAGCAGCCCCUUCACUUCCCACUCAUCACCAGCAGCCUGCCUCCCAGCAUGUCACCUGAGAAAAGGCGACUCCACCCGCACCCGACUACACCUGCGUCUGCGCUCGGCCCCGGGCGCGUGGCUUAUGGUCGGCGUGGUGGUGGUGUUGGCGGGGAUGAGCGUGGCCGUGGCCGGGUACGUGUCGGCGGUGCCGAGGCCCAUGGGGGGACGCGGGUCCAGCCACGUGGACAGGAUGAAACUGGCCGGACCGGUGGUCAUGGGCGUCGGCCUGUUCAUCUUCAUCUGUGCCGCAACCCUACUGUACGAGAAUCGGGAUCGGGAGAUGCACAGGCUGGAGAUGUGUGACGACCUCGAGGACCUGAAGGGAGACCUUGGCUGGGAGGACUCACAAGAAGAACAAGCCAGCUUCAGUAGUCAGGAACAAUGGGAGAUCAGAGAUGGGGAGGAGGGGUGCUUUAGUCUCCCUCUCUCCAACCUGGACCUGGAAGACUGGAACCCUACUUCUCUUUCUUUGGCUUGCCAAAACAUUGAGGACAUCGAAAGAUCACCGCUGCAUCAUCUGGAUUCCGAAGACGGUGCUGAGAGGGAGGUGGAGUCAACACUUCUUGCUGAAAUUCUGCACCACCAGGAUCCAAGUCCACACUCGUCCUCCCCCGGGCCAUCCGUUCUUCACUCCUCCGCCUUCCCAAACAACUCCACUGAGAUUAACUUUCACACAUGGAACUGUCCCGCACUCCUUGAUCCCUGAUCAUUUUCAUAGGGUCAGUAGAAUUGGACGUACUAAACACUAUCUCCCACAAAUAGAUGUUUGUCUUGUAAAUGUUUCAAGGCCUCGGAGGGGUGCAGUUGCUAAUGCUGCCUUCCAGAUUGCUGGGAAGUCGGACAUAUCCCACAUGGAACUCGCGAGGUCGAGUUUUUCAAAAAACACGUCUGGUGACCUCUGUACGCGUGUUGUCUGCUAGUAGAAGUAUUUUUAAGUUAGUGGGUAUUCCAAAAACAAACCAUUUCAUUUUGACAUGCGGCCUUGUUGAGUUGUUUUUCCAUUCACGCAGUGAACCUGGAACCAUUUAUCUUCACACCACUUUCCAUGCGGAACAAGUUGUGACAAAUGCUUUACUGCCAAUAAAUACAGAUAACUAU